AUGGCAGCUGCAGCCGCCUCUUCCCGUCAGCCUGACGAGGGCAUUGGCGCGGAAGGCACCAGCCACCGCCGCCGACGGCUCGCCCCCAGCCAAGAUGGGGCCCCACGCCACAAGGGGCCCCGGGGGCCCCCCAGGGGGGCCCCCGGACGAAAGGGCCGCCAUAGUGGCGGCCAGGGGACCGGGGCCCCCCAGAAGCUGCGGCAGCGGGAGAAGCUGGAAAUAGCGGAGCUGCAGCAGCGCAUUCUGCUGGAGAUGCCUCCUCCUGGGGGCCAGUGGCUGCCCCCGUCGCUUGCUGCAAUUCAGGAGCAGCAGCAGCGCGCCCAAAGCAGCAGCAGCAGCAAGGGGGGGAAGCACGGCGUGUUGACUGACAAGGUGUUCGCAGACUUGCCUCUCUCGGGGCUCACGCAAAAGGGACUGGCAGCUUGCGGCUUCAGCCGACUGACACAAAUCCAAGCAGCAGCAAUUCCGCAUGCACUUGCUGGCAGAGAUGUCAAGGCGCAGGCUAAGACGGGCAGUGGCAAGACCCUCGCCUUCGUUAUCCCCAUAUUGGAGCGCCUCUUCCGGGAGGAGAUCUGCGGGCCAGAUGGCACUGCAGCAAUUGUUUUGACUCCCACAAGAGAGCUAGCUGUGCAGAUCUUUGACGUGUUUAAAGCGGUUGGCCAACAUCACGAAUUCUCGAUAGGCUGCUUAAUUGGGGGCAAAGGAGUGGAAGCUGAGGCAGAACGCAUUGGCCAGCUAAACAUAAUUGUUGCUACGCCUGGCCGCCUGCUGCAGCACAUUGAUGAGUCCCCCAUGUGGGAUGCAACCAUAGAUGAAGCAGACCGCCUGGUGGACUUGGGCUUUCAACAGACAAUGGAGUUGAUUGUUGCUGCUCUGCCCCCCACAAGGCAGACGCUGCUGUUCUCUGCGACUUUGCGCAGCGCAGUGCACAGGCUGGGGGUGCUGCUAUGCAGCAACAGCAGCAGCAGCAGCAGCAAGCCUGAGUUCAUUUGCACCGACGAUUUGCGGCCGUCAGACCCCCAGCAGCAGCACCAGGAGGGCCAGCAACAGCAGCAUCAGCAGCAGGGGCUACUGAAGCAGACGUACAUGGUAGUGAAUGAAAAGCACAAAACUUCGGCAUUGUUUUCUAUUUUGAGGGCCCAAUGCAAAAAGAAGAUAAUUGUUUUUGUCUCUUCUUGCAAACAGGCAAAAUUCAUACACGACGCAUUCAAGCAACUCAAGCCCGGCUUGUCUCUGCUGUAUUUGCACGGGCGCCAGAAGCAGCAGAAGCGCCUGGAUGUGUUUCAUGACUUUGUGUCUCGCACUUCUCCUUGCUGCUUAAUUAGCACCGACUUGGCUGCCCGCGGAAUAGACUUUGUGCAGUCUGGGGGCCUCCUGGGGUCCGCGGGAGGCAGUCGAAAGAAGAAGCAGGAGGAGGCAGAGGGGGCCCUUUCUGCUGUCGAUCUUGUUAUUCAGUUCGACUGUCCGGACAGCACAGAGACGCACCUCCACCGCAUAGGCAGGACAGCAAGACUGACGAGGAAAGGACACGCUGUGCUGCUGCUACUGCCUUCGGAAGCCUCCUUUGUGCUGGAGCUGCAGGCUAAAGGGGUCGGCACAGAGCCCAAUUUGCAGCCGCACCACCUGCUUCCGUCUCUCAAGGCAUUGGCACAACAAGCUGUUUCUGCUUAUUUGCGUUGUCUGUCGGUGAUGCCAAACAAAAAGAUAUUCAACGUAAACGCUAUCGACCUGCAGCAGCUAGCUCUUUGCUACGGCCUUUCCAUUGCUCCUUCAAUAGAGCAUUUGGCAGCCACAGACCAGCAGCAGCAGCAGCAGCAGCAAGGUGAGGGCGAGUUGGACCCUGCGAUGUAUGGUGGGGCGGUUGCAAACGGAGAAAAUAAGAAAAAAAAUAUGUCGAAACUGGCAAGGCUAAAGGAACAAAUCCGCGCAAAGAAGCUACUCAAGCAACAGAUGCAACUACAACAGCAGCAGCAUGAGCAGCAAGAACAAAAAGAGGAGCAGCAUGAAGGGUCUGAAGAAGAAGGCUCAAAGAAAGACAAGCAGCCUCGGAAACCAGGAGUGGUCAGCAGCAAAAAUAGCACAUCAGCAGAUGAUGUAGGGGACUUUUUGGAGCUAAAGGAACAGAAUGGCGAGCCUCCAGAGGAGUCAGCGAAAGAAAGAAACCAAAAGCUGCAAGAACUGUUGCUGCAGAAACCAGCGUACCGAAGGGAACGGCUGCAGUUUCGCGCGGAUGGUUCGGCGAAGAUAAAAGGGCUUGCUGCUGCUUCCUCUAAUUCGCACAUUAUCUUUAAUGAAGAUGAAGAGACAGAUGAAGAAGCGACACAACAGCCAGAAACACAAGCCGGCAACAGCAGCGGCGACAGUGGCGUGACACAGGAGCUGCGGGAAACGUUUCUGCAGCGAAUGAGGGCCAAGAUGGAGUCCGUGCACCAAAGUGACAAGGCCCGCGACCAACAAAGGGUGAAGGAAAGACACUCAAAGAAAAGGAAGAAAGAAAGGAUGGCCCGGCAGGGAGAAGCAGCGGGAGGAACUGUAACCGUUCUGGACGCAGGAGAUAGCGGCAGUGAAGUGGCGGCAUCAGAUACAACUACAACCGACUCAGAUGAAGAUGCAGGGGCUCACAGAGAUAAAAUGAGCAAGAAGGGAUCUCAUCAACCCCCUAAGAAAAAGAGAAAAGAAGUGUCACUCUCUCUAGAAGAGCUAGAGCGACUAGCACUGGAGGGAGCGGGAGAAAUGUAA